CUAUUAUAGUGUACGAACCGUACUAUAAAGUACGACAAGAUAUGUCCGAGGGGAUUCGAGUCGAGCAGCCGAUGGAGAUGAUCCCGUGGAGAGAUGUACCCAAGAGUUUGGACUCGUGGAAGAGGCUUGGCAAUGAUUAUUUCAGUGUUUUAAACACUGCAAACGAAGGCCAAGGCGCGUUGGCGUGUUAUGAGAGAGCUAUUCAAGAGGUGAAAGCGGAUGUAGCCAAUAUCGCAGUGCUGCUGAAUAACAUGGCUACAUGUCGAUUCAAGAUGGGAGGCUUUAGAACUGCAGCUCAACUAGCAGGAGCAGCAGUGCAUUUGGAUCCAACGUACGUGAAAGGCUGGUUUCGCUUGGCUUCUGCACUUGCGGAAGUUCCUGAAGCUCAGAAAGUAGCAGAACGUGUGGUAGCUCAUGCACUGAAGACAAUUCCGAAGAUGGCUACAAAAGAACGGCGACUUUUAGAAGGCACGAUUAAGACUGACCCGACAACUGGCACGGAAUCGUCGUUUAAAUCAUACGUGCAGUGGUGCGCAGAGCUGGAAUCUCCUGGAUUUCUGUUAGUGACUAAGGAUAUUAUCGAUGGUUCGAAAGAUGUGGAUACUUGGCGUAAACUGGGUUCAGAUUUUUUCGUCAAGAGCGAUUAUCAAGCGGCUGAGGAGUGCUACAGGAAGGGAAUGGCAGCCAGUGCGUCUUGCUGUCGUGACGUUGCACUUGUAUUGAGCAAUGUUGCUGCUGUACACUUGAUGCUCCACCAUGAAGCCAGUGAUGUCCCUGGUAUCAGUGUGGGAGGCAGUGCGUCUGACAAGAGUGACCACGUACCGAGUACUGAGGCUGCGCUAUUGAACUGUACAGUGGCGGGGAUAAUUGACCCAUUGAAUCACAAAACUUGGACGCGUCGAGCUCGAUGCUUGGAGAAACUGGGUUUUAAACAGGAGGAGUGUAUCCAUGAUUUGAAUGCAGUUCGAGCGAGUGUUGUGUCGAAAGCUUUCGCAUCAGCGGAAAGUAGAGAGCGAGUGCAAGCGUUCAAGAGCAACAUGAGCGCAGAAGUCGAGCGCCGUUCACAGAUUUCCGAGUCGAAACCUGCCAAAGUUUCGGAUAUUUCGACAGACACUCAACGCAAAGAGCGUGAUGCUCUGCAACCAGAAAGUAUCGCGGCUAUGGCGUUAAACAACAAGAGCAAGGCAGAGGAAUCUAUUGAUGAGUACAUUGCUCGGAUGGAGUCAUUUGAACAGAUGGUGCGUUUUGGAUUCGCCGCGUCAAAAUCCAAACGCCAGAUAAAAUCCAUACCUCGCGAGUGGAAGAUGUUUCUGGAGUAUCCGCCUCCUCAAAUUCACGUUGAGUUCCCAAAAUUACGAGGAUGGCCAGAGGGUAUCGACCCUACGUUCGCUCAGAAAAUCCUUCAUCGCGCAUAUUUAGAUGCCAGUGCGAAUCCAUGGAUUUUUGCAGAUACAAUGCGUCAAGGAGCGUUCUAUGAGCACAUGGACCCUUCUGAAUUGGUCAAGCGCUGGCAUGGAACAGAAGCGUUGGAAGUUCUGCAAUCUAAGGGCAAAUUUCUGAAAUAUGGCGAUAUCAUCGACGGUCGCACGUCAGAAAGCGAUGCAUUACCAGCGUACGACGCUCGUAUCCGCUCCAACUUCGUCAACAAUCCAAAUCGAGCGGAAGUCUAUUUCUUUGGAUCUACGCACGUCGCUAUUGGCUUUAACGAUCUCAGUAGUUUAUUGUCCGCCAAAAUCCAAGACAAAACGUCGAGUAGCACUGGACCUCUGCGGUUUGAAGGCAUUGAGAUGAGUGGUCGCUCAAAUGCUCGGAUCACCGGAUGUUUCGAUUGCCAGUGUAAUGGAGGUGUGGCUAUCAUCGACGUGGAGUGA